GGAGAUGGUCGGUGCCACUCCGGGGCAAAGCUCACCUAAAGCAUCCGGUGCCCAAUGGCUCUUUAAUGGAAGCAUCUACUGUGCCUACAACGAUGGGAGCAGCGGUGUUAUCCAAGUGCUCCUGACUCAAACCAAUUUGGUGAGCACCACCUCUGGCACGGUGCCCGCUGGUCGAGUCAGUGAUUCGGAGGGAACUACCUCGAACGAUGGGAUGAACUGCCUGUUGGCGGCUUCGCCUUUUCCCCCUGUGACGACGUCCACGACGACCACGACGACCACGACGACCACGACGACCACAACGUCCGGGGGCGGUAGAGGGGACCCACACAUUUAUACGUUGGGUGGUGAGCAUUACCUGCUGCUGGGUCAAGGCAGCUUCUCGUUCUGGCGUUUCAGCGGUGUCGAUGCCGAAGCCCUCUGCGGGAACAUGUGGAAGAAAGCUCCAGUGGAUUUCCAGAUCUAUGCGCAUUACUCUACUCACUCUUCCUGGACCAAAGGCCUGCUGCUCGUGGACCAAUCGGGCCAUCAAGGCUACGGGAGUCGCGCCUUGGAACUGACCUCUGAAGAUUGCAGGUGGCGAAGCAAAGUGCCGGGGGGAACUUCUUGGCACAUGGUGGACGAAGCAAAGCUCAUCUCUGAUGGAGAUGAGAUGACUGCCUUCAAGCUGGUUCGGUCGCAGAGUCAGAGGAUGCAUGUGGAACUUCUGAUGAAGACCCAGACGGGCUGGAAGAACAUUGGAAAACUCUAUGCCACCUGCAAACCAGGUUAUCAUAUCAACAUGAAGAUGACGAUGUUCUCCAAGGAAGACGUCAAUCGCGUUCAGGGGCAGCUUGGAGUCGUUCAUCACAGCGAGUAUCGCAGAGGUGGUGGGGCCGGCCUACUGGAAACUGAUCAGAGUCAUCAGCGUACAGACCAAGAGUUCCUGCUGCACAAAGACUGGGUUGCCUUGGGUGGCAGCACAGGCGCGUCUGUCUACUUGAAGGAGACGGACGAAGACGGACCGGCCGUUCUCAAGGGCUGCAGUGAGUCGGAGAGAGCCAUCGCUGGAGAGCUUUGUGUGAAAUUCCUGGGCUCAGAGGAAGCGGUCCCAAAUUUCCAGGAGAGCAUGGAGGAUUGCGUCUUCGAUGUCUGUGCUGGUGGAGGGGAAGCUGCUGCUGAACUAGCAGCAGAUAUUAUGAAGGCCUUUUGAAUUCGUGCAGCAUCCGCAAAAGUUGCGACUAGUUCGAGGUCGUUUCUCUAGCCGGAUAUGGGACUGUCUGAAAACAGGAGACCC